AUGGCCCUCUGCUUUGGUUGUUUUAUCACCUCACCCCCAUUGAAGCCGCUGAACUUUAGUGGAAAUAUGGGUCCGAUUGGUGACCCAACGGUUGAAGUGACUCAUCGACGUGGUGACUUCACUGGGUUGCUGUCCGAGCCGGGUUCAAUAAUUAUGGCCGCGCCCCGCCUCUCGCUUGGCGUCACCCUCUAUCUCCACUCCCUCCUCCGCCGCAUAACCCAUGAAGACGACGGCGGUCGUAUAUCCCCUCUGUCUAUGUAA